AUGGCGGAUUCUUCAAACCUGAAAUCCGACGCGAUCAUGGAGCAGAUGAAGCAGCACCUCGCCACAGACGCAGGAAAACAGGUCACGGAAAAAAUUGGACUCGUUUAUCAGUUUCACAUUGCUCCUAAGAAACUUGGAUUCGAUGAGGUCGUCUACACCGUUGAUCUCAAGAAAGGAGAGGUCACCAAAGGGCCAUACGAAGGAGGAAAACCUGAUGCAUCCUUUUCAUUUAAGGAUGAGGACUUUGUUAAGGUUGCCUUGGGAAAGAUGAAUCCACAGAUUGCUUUCAUUAGGGGUGCGAUGAAGAUUAAGGGAAGUUUGAGUGCUGCUCAGAAAUUUACUCCGGAUAUCUUCCCAAAACCUUCCAAGCUGUGA